UCCCCUUCUCCAAGCUCAUUUGGGUUAAUAUAAUAUCAUAUAAUCCUCCUCAAACUCUCUUCUUCUCCUCAAAGUUACCCAUUCUCUAAAAUCUUUUGGUCAUAAACCUUUUUAUCAGCAAAAAUGGUGAAAGGUCCAGGACUUUACACUAAUCUCGGAAAGACAGCUAGAGAUCUUCUAUACAAGGAUUAUCAAAGUGACCAGAAGUUUAGUGUUACUACAUACUCUGAAAACGGAGUGGCGAUUUGUUCAUCUGGAACAAAAAAAGGUGAGGUAUUCUUAGCAGACGUCAACACCCAGCUGAAACAGAAGAACAUCACAGCUGAUAUCAAAGUGGACACAAAUUCUAGGCUCUCUACGAUUGUUACUAUUGAUGAACCUGCACCUGGUGUCAAGGCUAUAAUUAGCUUCAUUGCUCCCGAUCAAAGCUCUGGCAAGCUAGAGCUCCAGUAUCAGCAUGAAUAUGCAGGGAUUGCAGCUAGCAUCGGGUUGACUGCCAACCCUGUUGUGAACUUCUCUGGUCUAUUUGGAAACAGCCAAAUUGCUGCUGGGACUGAUGUCUCCUUUGACACAACAUCAGGGAAUUUUGUGAAGUACAAUGCUGGGUUGAGCUUGGCUCGCCCUGACCUGGUUGCUUCGUUGACUUUGAAUGACAAAGGUGACAGCUUGAAUGCCUCUUACUAUCAGACAUUGACUGACCUGAGCAUCGCAUCUGCUGGUGCUGAACUGAGCUAUAGCUUUUCCCGUGCCCAGAGCACACUUACUAUUGGUGCUCAACAUGCAUUGGAUCAGCAAACUGCAGUGAAGGCUAAGUUGAACAAUUUAGGCAUAAUAAAUGCCUUAAUCCAGCAUGAAAUUUACCCCAAGUCAUAUUUCACCAUCUCUGGAGAAGUUGACACCAAAGCCAUCGAGAAGAGCGCAAAAUUCGGUUUGGCUCUUGCUCUGAAGCCAUAGAUGAUCGAAAUCUCUUGGAAAUGCGAGAGGUAGGUAGUAGAACAGUGCACAGUAGUAGUUGGGUAUGUUUUUGAACUUGUAAGACUAAGCAUUUCCUUUAGUUACAUUUUCCAUCCCCAUUUCAUUGUUUGAAGAUGAAACACUCUUUUUUUAGCAGCUGUGAGGUUCAUUUUGGAACGUUGUUCUGUUCCAAUUUGAUGAAAUGUUUAUCUUUUUUCUAUGGAGCUGGAACUUAUUUUCAUAAUCAGUACUCAGCACUGCUACAUUAAAAGUUCUCUAAUGUUGUUUCUUUAGGGUUCA